UGUCGGAACUGCUGCGCCUGCUGCCGGUCCUGUGUCCUCGAUUCCACGCCAUCUCCGCCCUCUAAUCACCAUGCCGGCCCCUACAGUUGCAGCCGCAACCUCCAAGAAGAGGAAAAAUGUCAAAUCGAGCGGCGUUCCCUCGUCCAAGCGUCGUGCAGUCGCCGAGAGCGACGGCGCGGUUGCCAUGGCCGAUAUCCAGCAGCUGGAGGACCAGAUUUCCGAGUCGCGCAAACACUACAAUAAUAUCGCAACCCUGAUCUCGAUGCUCAAUGCCGACGGCUCGACGAAACCCAAUAUGGCCGUCGCGGUCGCCCUUUGCCGGGUUUUCAGCCGAUUGAUCGCGGGAGGUAACAUGACGGAGACGAGCCGGGCCGCAGAAAAUGAGAAAAUCAUUGUAGCUUGGUUGAAGGAACGUUGUCGGGAGUACCAGAAGCUCUUGCUCUCCAUCAUUCGCCAGUGUGACUCCUCCUCUCAGAUCAGUGCCUUGACCUUGUGCCUAUGCCUUAUCAACGAACGUGCUACACACAUUUCCGGCGACGAUGUUCAGGACUGGUCAUCGGGUUUGUUCAAGGGUGUCUUCGAGGCUGUUGUUGAGGCUAGGGAUGGACAAUCGGUCCUGUCCGACUUUAUCGAAAAGGCGAAAGAAUUCGAGGAUGUGCGAUACUACACUUUCAUGCAGCUCGCUGACUACGCGGACACCGAGCGGAGUACUGAAAUUAUAGACGCCCUGAUUUCCAUACUAUCGGCCUUCGACUCAGUACCAGGCCCCGAGCACGAAUUCGAAAGCUUCUAUACCCAGUCCAGCAAGAAGAACAAGAAGGUGCUCUCCGUCAACUCACAUAAGAAGCGGGCUCAAGACGCAUGGCUGGCCAUUCUGCGGAACAAUCUUUCCCAAUCGCAACGGAAGACCCUCCUCCGCAUCAUGGUUCACAACAUCGAGCCGUGGUUCAACCGACCAGAACUGCUUAUGGACUUCCUGACGGAUUCCUACAACGAGAAGAACCUGGACUACCCUCAAUUCUACCAAAGGCUCUACUCGCUCCUCGACGCCGACCUGCUCCACUCUAAGCACCGCUCCCGCUUCUUCCGUUUGAUGAACACCUUCCUCGCCUCGACUCACUUGCCCGCCGCCCUGAUUGCAAGCUUCAUGAAACGUCUUUCCCGCCUCUCCCUCAACGCGCCCCCUGCAGCAAUCGUGGCGAUCGUUCCCUUCAUGUACAACCUCCUGAAAGAACACCCCACCUGUGCUUUCAUGAUGCACCGCACCAUCCGCGACGAAGAUACCAAAGCCCAGCUGGAAGCAGAGGGCAUGGACGAUCCCUUUGACGCCACGGAGCCCGAUCCCACCCGCACAAAAGCCAUUGAGAGCAGUUUAUGGGAAAUCGAGACUCUUCAGUCACACUAUCAUCCCAACGUGGCUGCUAUUGCGCGCAUUAUAUCCGAGCAGUUCACCAAGCAGUUCUACAACCUGGAGGACUUCCUGGACUACACAUACCAGGGUAUGUUGCAAGCGGAGCUGGGCACAGAGGACAAGCCGUUCAAGAGGACACCGGUUGUGGAAUACCAAAUCCCCCGGCGGAUAUUUACGGAUCGUUUGUUGGAAGAGGAUGGUGGCCAGGACUCGGGUCCUGGAAGUCUCAUCAGAGGACUAUGGGAUUUUGCAUCAUGAUGAGAGAGUAUAUAUUCUACGGCUGUGCUUUUAGACUUGUUACUUCUUAGCGUACUUAAUUAGAUUUGGCGGGAUACGGAUGGUUAUCAGGGUGGUUAAAAGUUGUCUGCCUUCUCGAAAGAAAGAAUCAUAGUAUUUGCGGUCUAAUCUAUCGAAACAAUAAUAUCGUGGGUCACCCUGAACUUGGUGAGAGGCCGCUGUUGG